AUGAAAAAUUACACAUCUGUAAAUGAGUUCAUACUUCUGGGAUUAACAGAUGAUCCAGAGCUAAAUGUUUUGAUUUUUCUAUUUCUAUUUUUCACAUAUAUACUGAGUAUAACUGGAAACCUAACAAUUAUCACCCUCACUCUGAUAGAUUCACACCUCAAAACUCCCAUGUAUUUCUUCCUUAGGAACUUCUCUUUCCUAGAAAUCUCAUUCACUACAGUGUGUAUUCCUCGAUUUCUGGUCAGCAUUGUAACAGGAGAUAGGACCAUUUCCGAUCAUUCUUGCAUGGCCCAGGUCUUUUUCUUCAUACUCCUUGGUUCAACAGAAUUUUUCCUUUUGACUGCUAUGUCCUAUGAUCGAUACGUGGCCAUUUGUAAGCCCCUGCAUUACAUGACAAUAAUGAACAGCAGAAUCUGCAACCAGCUUGUCGUUAGUUCUUGGCUGGCUGGAUUUCUCAUUAUCUUUCCACCUGUGAUCAUGGGACUUCAGCUGGAUUUCUGCGACUCCAACAUCAUUGACCACUUCACCUGUGACUCUUCUCCCAUGCUUCUAAUCUCCUGCACAGACACAGCAUUCCUAGAGCUCAUCGCAUUUUUCUUGGCAACAUUCACGCUCAUGGUAACCUUAACACUGGUGAUUCUUUCUUAUGCAUUCAUCCUUCAAACAAUUCUGAGGAUCCCCUCUGCUGAGCAAAGGAAAAAGGCCUUUUCCACUUGCUCCUCACACAUAAUUGUUGUCUCCAUUUCUUAUGGAAGUUGCAUUUUCAUGUAUGUUAAAACUUCCGCCAAAGAAGGAGUGGCUUUGACCAAGGGGAUAGCAGUGCUUAAUACCAAUUGCUUAAUACCAAUGCUAAAUCCUUUUAUUUACUCCCUAAGGAACCAGUUGGUCAAAAAGUGCUUCUUAGAUAAAUUAAAUAGAGUUAUACAUAAUCAAAAACAGGUGAACAUUAACAAAUUCUGA